AUGGAAGAGGCCGGAAGAAAGGAUAAACUGACUCCCAGCAUCGGCCUCUUCUGUCCAUUGAUCGAGCAAUUGGGUAUGCCCAACAGCGACGUUACCGAGAGCACAUUCAUCGAGUUGGCCAAUAUGCUGACAAAACAUGGUAAUGGAAACUUGCAAAUGAGAGAGACCUCGUCAAGGCAUUGA